AUGUACUUAUUGAGAGUAGCAAUUCCUACGAUAUCUCUAUGGAAAUUCUUCUACAACCCAUUAAAAAGAAAAUGGUUUUGGAUACCAAUAUUAUUCACAUUUAUAAUAACAGCAGAUCUCGUUGCAUCAGAUGUAUCGGUAGCAAUAUACAGUUAUCACGAAGACAUACCACUGAGACCAGCGUACGAUUCAAUGGCGCUCUUAUCGGUUUAUAUUUUUUUACCCAUGAGAAACAAUAUCUUGGCGAUAUUGCUUGGCCUAACUGUCAGCGUGACAUCGGACAUUAUUUACCUGAUCGGCGUUAAUUUGAUGGGUAUUUAUUUUAGACUCAUGAAUGAAGUCGUAACAAGACGAUCAUUUUUGGACAGACGAGCUUGCGUCGAAAGUACCUUACGGCUAAAAUUUGCCAAAGAUCAAGAGGAACGUCUUAUGUUAAGUAUCUUACCAGAGCACAUCGUGUCUAAAGUACGGCAAGACAUAAGAACAAUGUUUUUAGAUAUCCAAUCACAAAGCAACACUCUCAACAUAAAAUCUUUUAACAAACUAUACGUAGAAGAACACGAAAAUGUAAGCAUUUUGUACGCGGAUGUGGUAAACUAUACGAAGAUAUCAACGACUUUGUCGCCAAUGCGAAUGGUGGAGUUAUUGAACGAGUUGUUUGGUCGUUUCGACGAAGCUUCCGAAGAAUAUGAUGUACUAAGAAUCAAGUUCUUAGGUGAUUGCUAUUACUGUGUUAGUGGUGUACCAAAACCAAGUAAUUUGCACGCCAAGAAUUGUGUUGACUUAGGUCUGGAAAUGAUUAACAUAAUUAAAGACGUAAGAGAAAAACGUUCCUUGAAUAUUGAUAUGAGGAUUGGCGUACAUUCCGGAAAAAUUUUAAGUGGGCUUAUUGGCAUUCGAAAAUGGCAGUAUGAUAUUUGGUCCAAAGAUGUUACUAUUGCAAAUAAAAUGGAAUCAACUGGAAAGGCGGGAAAGGUGCACAUUACGAAACAAACGCUAGAACUGAUCUUGGAUUUUGCACGAGAUUAUAUAAUUGAACCAAACUUCGAAUCUCAAAACCACCCAUUCAUGAUAAAAAAUAAGCUGGAGACAUAUUUACUUUCAAGGCCACAAAGACCUCUUUUAGAAUACAAACCAUUUCGAAGAGCCUCGGUGGGCUUUAAUAAAAUAAUCAACUCACGGUCACGCUCGAGACGAUCGGAAAAUAGGAAUUCGUUUGGAAACAUCCGUCGGACCACAUUUAUGGAUGAAAAUCUAGUCGAAUAUCAACAAAUGUUGAAGGCAGCAGAUGCACAAAUGGCAAAAGAAAUUGAAGACAUGACAAAUGGCAAAGACUAUUUUAGAAAAGAAUCAAGCCUAAACAGAAUAACUUUAAUGUACAAAAAUUUUAAAUUGGAAAAAUCGUUUCUUCAACAGCCAGAUCCUUUAUUCAAAUAUUACAUUAUUUGCUGUCUCAUUAUUUUAGUACUGAUUCUCUUAAUUAAUGGGUUAACAACAAAUUGGUUCCAUGGAUUUCCGUGGUACACAUGGGCUAUUUUCGGCUUAUUAGUCACCAGCUUGAUUGUGUUACAACCACUGAUAUGGUUCCAGUUUCUUUGGACUAAAUAUAAAAGUAUAGAUGAACCAAAAAAUCAAUUACUUCGUUCAAUUUAUGACAUAUCAGUUAAAAUUAUAAAAUCCGCGAAUAUUAAAACUGGGCUUUAUAUUUUAAUAAGUUUUGGACUUGCUGUUACUUCAAUUAUUAAUGUAAUUUCAUGCACAGAAGUUAAUGUGGAACCUUCAACAGAAACCGGUCUAACGAACUGUGUUUCUUCGUGGAUACAGCUAAGUGACGAACAAACAGAAGCGGAAACUAUGUUGAGAGUUAACAAUAUGCUUUUAGAAAACAUACUACCAGCUCAUGUUGUUCAAGUUUAUUUAGAUUUAAAUAGAUCCAUUGACGAAUUGUAUUACGAAAAAUAUGAUAACGUUGCUGUAAUGUUUGCAUCCCUAACUGAUUAUAAGCUUGGUGUUGAAGAUGACGCAGAUUUAAGCGACACGUUUGUUUUGCGAAUAUUGGAUGAAGUGAUUUCUGAUUUUGACCGGUUACUGCUAACUGGAACAUCAAUAUAUAAAGUAGAAAAAAUUAAAAUGGCUGACUGGACAUACAUGGCAGCUUGUGGCUUAGAUCCAAAUAGACGAGAAUCUAUAGAUUCUACAUCAUUUAACUCCAUAGUAAACAAAAAGCAAAAUAGCCCAUAUAACCGCGCUAUAGUAUUGACAAUGAUUGAAUUUGCAGCGGCAAUGAUGAAGCAACUAAGAAAUUUCAAUCGUGGUUCUUUUCAAAGCUUUGAGGGGUUGAACUUAAGAAUCGGUAUAUCAAAUGGGGAAGUUGCAGCAGGAGUUGUCGGCUCACUUAAACCACUUUAUGAUAUCUGGGGUAAUGCAGUAAAUAUGGCAUCUAGAAUGGAUUCAACUGGAGAAGCGGGUCGAAUACAGGUAACUGAAAAUACUGCGUUACUUUUAGACGAAUGUGGUAUUUUAACUUUAUAUCGGGGUGAAACUUUUGUGAAGGGCCGAGGAUAUAUUAAAACAUAUUUUGUACCGCUUGAUGAAAAUUUUAAUUUAAUAAAAAAGGAUCGAAGUGCUGACUACUAUUAUAGCAUGGCCAACAGAAAGCGUCAUUAUAGUAUUCGAGAUGACUAUCUAAGCGAUGUUUCAAAUGAAAGCGAUUCUAUGGAUAUAUUAUCACAACCGACGACGCGUGUUGGAAGAAAUGUACCUGGAGACAGUAAAAUGAAUUCAAUUUAUAAUGUUACCUAUUACUUAAACAAUUAUGAAGAUGAGACUUUCGAUUAUAGCCACAGCAACUAUAACGGAGAUGAAUCAGAGGAAAACUGUGAUCUUACAGAUAAUUAUAGCUUAAGCUCCCUUACUGCAAGCUCAUGUAGUUUAACAUUAUCUGAACCAGAACUAAUCGAAACUCGGUGUUAA